AUGGGAACUACUAAGAAAUACAAUAUACUAACUAUUUCGAUAAGAAUAUCUAUUUCGGAUCUGUGGAAAGAUAGGAAAGCAGUCAUUGCCUUUGGUCGUCAUUUUGGAUGCGUCCUUUGUCGCAUAAGAGUUGAUUAUCUUGCAGCUAAGAAGGAUAAGAUGGAUGCAACUGGAGUUGCACUUGUUUUAAUUGGUUGUGUUAAUCAGGCAAGAGUAUUCUCCGAGCAAACAAAGUUCAAAGGAGAGGUUUAUGUUGAUACAAGCUAUAGUUCUUAUGAGGCUUUGAGAUUUGUGUCAGGCAUUACAACCACAUUACCCAGGGCAGGUCUGAAAAUAAUUCAAGCAUACAUGGAAGGCUAUAGACAGGAUUGGGAGCUUUCUUUGAAAAGGACACCAGGCCAUGAGGGAGAAAUUAUUGUUGCAGGUCCCGGUAAAAAUAACAUCACUUACAUACACAAGGACAAAGAAGCAGGGGAUGAUCCAGAUAUCAAAGAUGUCUAUUAAUGAAGUCACUCUGCUCCUACCAAUGCAUAUUUUAUGUGUACAUACAGACACAAUAUCUAAAUGUAUCAUUGUAUAUGUUUAUCAUAAUUAACAGAAAAAGUUCCAGUA